AUGGAUGUAUUUGUGUUCUAUCUGGCCAAAUAUUGGGCCAAUGAUGACAACGUUCGCAAGGCACUCCAUAUAAGGCAGGGAAACAUAGGGAAAUGGCGACGUUGUUUUGAUGGGAACUAUAAGUCUGAAAUCGUUAGCAGCUUUGAAUAUCAUUUAAAUCUCAGUGCAAAAGGCUUUCGCUCCUUAAUCUACAAUGGGGAUCAUGACCCAAUUAUAUCAUUCAUGGCGACUCAAGCACGGAUCAGAAAUUUAAACUACACAAUCUUGGAUGACUGGAGGCCAUGGCUCGUUCAAGGCCAAGUUGCUGGAUACACAAAGACUUACUCAAAUCAGAUGACAUUUGCGACUGUAAAGGGUGCAGGACAUAUAGCACCAGAGUACGAGUCUGAAGAAUGUUUUUCCAUGUUCUCUAGGUGGAAAUCUAAUAAGCCCUUGUAUCAGCUUACUGCAGCUUCUGGCUCCAAUACUGUACAUUACCUUCCUGGAUUCCAAGGGCCCCUUCCUUUUCAUCUCCAGACUGGGUAUGUGGGAGUGGGAGAGGAACAAUCAGAAGAUGAACAAGUGUUCUAUUACUUUGUUAAGUCACAGAAUAAUCCACACAGGGAUCCUCUUCUGCUUUGGCUAUCUGGUGGUCCUGCUUGCUCUUCUUUUUCUGGUCUUAUUUUUGAAAUAGGUCCAAUUGCUUUCAAAGUGGAAGAAUACAAGGGCAGUUUGCCUAAUUUGACCUUGAGGCCGCAUGCUUGGACAAAGGUAAGUAGUAUAAUUUUUGCAGACUUGCCCGUUGGCACUGGCUUCUCCUAUUCAAAAUCGUUAUCCUCUCCUCAACCCAGUGAUUGGAAAUUAAUUCAUCAAGCGCAUCGAUUUCUCAGAAAGUGGCUGAUUGAUCAUCCUGAAUUUCUCUCAAAUGAAGUGUAUAUUGGAGGUGAUUCUUACUCUGGGAUUCCUGUCCCUGUACUUGCUCAAGAAAUUUCAAAUGGAAACGAAGAAGGCAUCCAACCAUGGAUAAAUAUCCAGGGAUACGUGCUAGGGAACGCCUUGACGACAAAUACAGAAACUGAGAAUUAUAUGAUCCCAUUUCUGCAUGGAAUGGGAAUAAUCUCUGAUGAACUUUACACGUCAUUCUACGAUCAUUGUGUGGAAGACAAGAAAAAUGUUGUUUGCUCCAAAGUCAUCGAAUAUCUCAACAAGCUAAUUUUAGGACUUAAUCUCUACAACAUUUUGGACCCAAAAUGUGAGGCGCCACGAGAAGUUUCCAGAGAGAAGAUUCAGUUGUUUCCUCCUACUUCUAUGGAUCACACAUUGCCUCCAUUAAGUUGCAGGAAAUAUGUGUAUCAUCUGGCCAAAUAUUGGGCCAACGAUGAGAACGUUCAGAAGGCACUGCAUAUAAGAAAGGGAAGCAUAGGGAAAUGGCGACGUUGUUUUGAUGGGAAGUACAAGUCUGAAAUCGUUAACAGCUUUGAAUUUCAUUUAAAUGUCAGUGCAAAAGGCUUUCGUUCCUUAAUCUACAAUGGGGAUCAUGACCCGGUUAUAUCAUUCAUGGCGACUCAAGCAUGGAUCAGAAAUUUAAACUACACAAUUUUGGAUGACUGGAGGCCAUGGCUCGUUCAAGGCCAAGUUGCUGGAUACACGAGGACUUACUCAAAUCAGAUGACGUUUGCGACUGUAAAGGGUGCAGGACAUAUAGCACCAGAGUACAAGUCUGAAGAAUGUUUUGCCAUGUUCUCUAGGUGGAUAUCUGAUAAGCCCUUGUAG